AUGGGUAACGUAUGCUUUGUGGUGACUGUUGUCGAUGUGUGCAGAGGGUCCCUGGUUCGCUACUCGACUGUAACCAGUUCAUCCCAGACUCCUUCCUUCCCUCCUGUUCAUUUAUCUUGUCGUUGUCUUUUCCUCACAGAUGAAAGAGAAGACGUUCAAAAGAAGACUUUCUCAAAAUGGAUAAACUCACAGUUUUCUAAGGCAGGGAAGCCCCCCAUCCAGGACCUCUUCACCGACCUGUGUGAUGGCCGUCGCCUGCUGGAGCUGCUGGAGGGACUGGCAGGUCACGAGCUGGUGAAGGAGAGAGGAUUCACGCGCGUCCACUCACUAAACAAUGUCAAUAGAGCGUUGCAGAUCCUACAGAAGAACAAUGUUGAACUGGUGAAUAUUGGAGGAGCCGACAUUGUUGAUGGGAAUCAUAAAUUGAUUCUUGGACUCAUUUGGAGCAUAAUUCUCCACUGGCAGGUAAAGGAUGUGAUGAAGGAUGUGAUGGCAGGCCUACAGCAGACCAACAGUGAGAAGAUUCUGCUUAGCUGGGUGCGCCAGUCCACCAAGGACUAUCCCCACGUCAAUGUGGUCAACUUCUCCUCCAGCUGGUCCGACGGCCUGGCCUUCAACGCACUCAUCCACAGCCACAGGCCCGAGCUGUUUGAUUGGAGCAUUGUGGAGAAGCAGAAGAGUGCCAUGGAGAGAUUGGAUCACGCCUUCAGCAAGGCUGAGCAAACCCUGGGCAUAGACAGACUGCUGGACGCUGAGGAUGUGGCGGUGCUGCACCCUGAUAAGAAGUCAGUCAUCAUGUACAUAACAUCUCUGUUCCAAGUGCUGCCUCAGGGCGUAACCAUGGAGGCCAUCCAGGAAGUAGAGACUCUGCCUCGGACCGUCGUCAAGCAGGAGGAACACUUCAGCAUCCAGACCCAACAACGCUACUCCCAACAGAUCACAGUGAGUGUGUCUCAGGGGCGGGUUCGUACCCCCUCCACCUCUCCUAAACCUCACUAUAAAAGCUAUGCCUACAGUCAAGCUGCAUAUGUCAAGUCACCUGAACAAAAGAGGAGACGCUUUACUGAGCAGACCCAGCUGCUGCGUGGGGGCAGUCAGGAUGACCUGGAGCGGGGCCUGAGCCCCCUGGCCCCUGGGGCCACCCAGCUGGAAGACUACCAGAGCAUCCUGGAGGAGGUCCUGACCUGGCUGCUGUCUGCAGAGGAUGGCCUGCAGGCCCAGCCCCCCAUCUCCUCUCACGUAGAGGAGGUCAAGGAGCAGUUCCACACACACGAGGGCUACAUGGUGGAGCUGACGUCCCACCAGGGCAGUGUGGGCAGGGUGCUGCGUGCGGGCAGUGCCCUCCUGGGUGAGGGCCAUUUAACGGAGGAGGAGGAGAAAGAGGUCAGGGAGCAGAUGAACCUCCUCAACUCCCGCUGGGAACACCUCAGAGUGGCUAGCAUGGAGAAACAGAGCAGACUCCACGAGGUGUUGAUGGACCUUCAGCACCAGCAGUUGAAGCAGCUCACUGAUUGGUUGGAGCUGACAGAGGGGCGGAUCAAGCGGAUGGGGGCUCAGCCUAUGGGGCCAGACCUGGAGGAUGUUAAACACCAAGUAGAGGAACACAAACUGUUGCAGGAGGACCUAGAGUUGGAGCAGGUGCGUGUCAACUCUCUGACACACAUGGUGGUGGUGGUGGAUGAGAACAGUGGAGACAGCGCCACCGCUGCCCUGGAGGAGAAACUACAGCACCUGGGAGACCGGUGGGCAGCCAUCUGUAAGUGGACAGAGGAGCAUUGGGUUCUGCUACAGGAGAUCCUGCUCCAGUGGCAACACUUCACUGAGGAACAGUGUUCAUUUGACUCAUGGUUGACUCAGAAGGAGAAGUUGGUUCUGUCCAUCCAGAGCAGUGACAUCAAGGAGCAGAGUGACAUGGUGGGCAACCUGAGAAGACUAGCGACGGUGAAGGGUGACCUGGAGAUGAAGAGACCGACCAUGGACAAGCUGUGUUCUCUGUGUCAGGACCUCGUCUCCUCAGUGAAGAACAAAGAGGUGGCUCAUAAGCUGGAAGCCAGGCUGGAGAGCUUCGCCCAACGCUGGGACAAACUGGUGCAGAGCCUGGAUAGGAGCAGCUCACAGAUCUCGCUGGCUGUAACCACGGUGCAGACCGCGCAGACGAAACUGACACACUCGGUGACGGCGAGCGUAUCCAAGGUGACGACACGUGAGAAGGUGGUGGUGAAGAAUACUAAAGCAGCGCUGCCCUCUCCACCGCCCCAGAAGAAGAGACAGAUUGUUGUCGAAUCAGAGCUCAGGAAAAGGUUUGACAUGGACUUCACUGAGCUGCACAGUUUCAUCACGCGCUCCAAGGCCAUCCUACAGAGCCCAGAGUUCUCCAUGUCCAGGAAGGAGGGCAGCGUACAGGAGCUCCACGAUAAAGUCCUGGCAAUAGAGAGGGAGAGGCCAGAGAAGUUGAGGAAGCUUCAGGAAGCAACUCGUUCGGCACAGGCUUUGCUCGAUCAGCUGGCGAGCGAGGGUGGUAGUAGGAGGGCUGAUGACAUCCAGAAAGCAGCCGAGGAGCUCAACACUCGCUGGGAUGGGUUCUGUGCCCUGCUGGCUGAGAGGCUGGAGUGGCUGGCCUACCAGAGCAAGAUCCUGGCCUUCUAUAACCUCUGGCAGCAACUGGAGCAAGCUGUGGUCAACUCUGAGAACUGGCUGAAGGUCCAGCAGCCACCGGCCUCAGAGCCUGAACCUCUGAAGCAUCAACUGGAGCGCUGCAGGGAGGAAAUAGCUCGUUUUUCCUCUCUGGAGCCCCAGGUCGACCUGCUAAAAGAGAAGCUGAAGGCACUGAGGGAGAAGGAGAAUGCUCCUGUCUUCUUCGAUGCAGACAUCACUGACUUCACACAGCAUCACCAGCAGGUCCUGGAUGAGCUCCAGGCCCGAGAGAGACAGCUGGUGCUGGUUCAGGAGAGCCUUCCUCCUGUGCUCUAUAAGGAGACAGUAUUUACUCUGUUGGCCUGGUUACAGCAGUGUGAGGCGAGGCUAGCCAUCCCCUCUACAGCCGUCACUGAAUACCCUACCAUGGAGGGGAGACUGAAGGAUGUCAAGGUAAUGCAGGUUGCGCUUGCAGAGCACCAGAGUGAGGUGGACUACCUGACGUCUACAGUGGACCAGGUUUUUCAGAAGGCCCCUCCUGAGAUCAGUCACAAGUACAGGACAGAGAUGGACAGCAUCAUGACUCGCUGGAGACGCCUGUCCUCAACGCUGGGGGAACAGGCGACCAAGAUAACAGAGCUUAUGGCUAAAUUACUGCAGUUCCAGAAUGACGUGAAGACUCUGAGGAAGUGGAUGGCUGAUGUUGAUGUGUUCCUGAAUGAGGAGUGGCCAGCGCUGGGGGACUCAGAGGCCCUGCAGAAACAGCUGGAGCAGUGCACUGCCCUGGUGAAUGACAUCCACACCAUCCAACCCAGUCUGAACGGCAUCAAUGAGGUGGGUGUGUCCCUGAAGACAGAGGCGGAGCCAGCAUUCGCCAUCCAACUGCAGAAGGAGCUCGAUGAGCUGAACGCUAUGUGGGAGAUAAUCUGCAAACAGGCCUAUGCUAAGAAGUCCGCUCUGAAGGGGGGUCUGGACAAGACCAUGAGCCUGAGGAAGGAGAUGGCUGAGAUGCAGGAGUGGAUCACUCAGGCUGAGGAGGACUAUCUGGAGAGGGACUUCACUUACCAGACCCCUGAGGAGCUACGCAAGGCUGUGGAGGAACUCAAGAAGGGUCAAGAGGAGGUCCACUCUAAAGAGCUGAAGGUGAAGCUGCUGACUGACUCUGUGAACAGUUUCAUCUCCAAAGCCCCUCCGGCCGCCCACGAUGCCCUCAAGGCAGAGCUGGUCGUGCUGACCGCUAACUACCAGAGACUCUGCAGCCGCCUGGACGGCAAGUGUAAAACCCUGGAGGAGGUGUGGGCGUGUUGGUGUGAGCUGCUGUCCUACCUGGAGCAGGAGAACGGCUGGCUGGACCAGCUGGAGCAGAAGCUAGACGAGACAGACAGCAUCCCGGGGGGAGCAGAGGAGCUCUGUGAGGCCCUUGAUGCCCUGGACACAUUGCUGCGUCACCCUGAAGAUGGGAGGAACCAGAUCAGAGAGCUGUCUCAGACCCUGAUGGACGGAGGAGUUCUGGAUCAACUGAUCCAGCACAAACUAGAGGCCUUCAACACACGCUGGGAUGAACUCAUGCAGAGGGCGGUGUGUCGGCAGCAGCAGCUGGAGAGGAGUGUGCAGUGGGCCCAGGAGAAUGACAAGACGCUGCGUCUCAUCAAUGACUCUCUGGACGCCACCGACCGCCACCUGUCUGCCUACAUCGCUGACCACAUCGACGCAGCUCAGAUACCACAGGAGGCACAGAAGAUCCAGACAGAGCUGAAUGGUCACGAGGCGACUCUGGCAGACAUGAAGAAGAAGAAUACAGAGAGAGACCAGUCAGAGAGAGUAGCAGCCCAGAUCCACCUGAUACAGAAGAAACUCCAGGAGGUGUGUGUGAAGUUCAGGCUCUUCCAGAAGCCUGCGAACUUCGACCUGCGCCUCUCAGAGUGUGAGAGGGUUCUCUGGGAUGUGAAGGCACAGCUGGGGGUGUUGGACAUACGCAGCGUGGAACAGGACGUGGUGCAGUCACAGUUGGAACAAUGCAUGAAGUUGUAUAAGAGUCUGAGUGAGGUGAAGUUGGAGAUAGAGACUGUGAUAAAGACCGGAAGACAGAUCGUUCAGAGACAGCAGACGGAGAAGCCUAAAGAGCUGGACGACAGACUCACUGCCCUCAAGCUGCUCUAUAAUCAACUGGGCGCGCAGGUGACGGAGGGAAAACAGGAACUAGAGAAGAGUCUGAAGUUGUCCAGGAAACUGCGUAAGGAGUUGAACAGCCUGACAGAGUGGUUAGCUGCUACAGACGCUGAGCUGACUAGGAGGUCGGCUGUGGAGGGGAUGCCCAUUGAUCUAGAGGCUGAGCUGGACUGGGCCAAGGUACACAAUCACACCUUCCUCAAGGUACACAUCACACCUGUCCUCAAGGUACACAUCAAACCUGUCCUCAAGGUACACAACACACCUGUCCUCAAGGUACACAACAAACCUGUCCUCAAGGUACACAUCACACCUGUCCUCAAGGUACACAUCAAACCUGUCCUCAAGGUACACAACAAACCUGUCCUCAUGGUACACAAGACACCUGUCCUCAAGGUACACAAUACACCUGUCCUCAAGGUACAUGUCCUCAAGGUACACAAGACACCUGUCCUCAGGGUACACAACACACCUGUCCUCAGGGUACACAACACACCUGUCCUCAAGGGUCUGCGUGGGGACUUGGAGGUGAUGCAUGGUAAGGUGGAGGCGGUGCGGGUGCUGCACCAGGGUCUGAUGGGUACUUGUGGGGAACACUGCCAGGCACAGCUGGGGCCCAAACUGGAAAAGCUCAACCAGCGUUUUGACAGCAUCGCACAGCGCAUCACUGCAGGACAGGCAGCAGCAUCAGCGGUGGAGGUGGAGCAGUUCCACAGUGAAGCUAAGAUCUGGCUGGACCUGCUGGAGGAAGAAGAGAAACAGGGAGAGAACCUCAAGGAGGAAGAUUUCACAGGACAGGACGGGAACUGUGAGGAGGGGGCAGUAAAGGAGCUGUUGCUGAAAGGACAGAAGCUACAGAGGAGAGUUCCAGACCUGGACAAGAAAGAACAGAUCAGAAUCAAACACAAUCAGCUCAACACUAAAUACAACAGUGUCAUGGACCUGCGUGGUGUGAGGAGGAGGAAGGCCCUGGCGAUAGCCCCCCAGUGGUAUCAGUACCGUAGGAAGACUGAUGACCUUCUCCAGUGGCUGGACGACAUUGAGAGGAGCGUGGCUGAACUACCUGAUCCAGCAGAGGAACAGAGGGUUAAGGAGAUUGGCUCAGAGUUCGAUGAGAAGAGUGAGGAUCUGAAAGAGGUGCAGGGAUUGGCCAAAGAACUGUCAGACGCAGGGGCGACCUCGCUGGUGCAGCCCCGCCUCCUCCAGCUCAACACACGCUGGCAGGAGGUGGAGGCUAAAUUCACCCCCUACCGCCGACAAAGUUCACCUGACCCCUGUCUGGAGUCACAACCAAUCAAUGACCCUCAUGUAUGUAUCCAGUCACCCAAUGAAAACACACCAUACUCAAAUCUUCACACAGGGCUCCACACACAUGAACACCUGCCUAGCUUCAGGAGAGACCUGAGGGCCAAGGGCCCGGUGGUUAACGGGGCUCUGGACCAGGACCAGCUGGAGCUGAGGCUGGCAGGCCAGGCUGAGAUGGUGAAGGAGGCCUGGGAGCCUGUAGGAGACCUGCUCAUAGACUCACUACCUGAACACAUCGACAGGGUCAAGGCAGAGAUAGCUCCUAUCAAAGACGAUGUGAGUCACGUCAACAACCUGGCCUCUACCUUCGGCCCUCCUGACCUCGUCCUCUCACGACCCAACCUGGACAGACUGGAUGAUCUCAACACACGCUGGAGGAUGCUACAGAUCUCCAUCAAAGACCAUCUGAAGCAGCUGACAGAUGCUCAGAGGGGACUUUUGGCUCUCUGCAGGGGUGUGGUCUCUCACAUGUCUGUGGACAUGGGUGUGGUCUCUCACAUGUCUGUGGACAUGGAUGUGGUCUCUCACAUGUCUGUGGACAUGGAUGUGGUCUCUCACAUGUCUGUGGACAUGGAUGUGGUCUCUCACAUGUCUGUGGACAUGGAUGUGGUCUCUCACAUGUCUGUGGACAUGGAUGUGGUCUCUCACAUGUCUGUGGACAUGGAUGUGGUCUCUCACAUGUCUGUGGACAUGGAUGUGGUCUCUCACAUGUCUGUGGACAUGGAUGUGGUCUCUCACAUGUCUGUGGACAUGGGUGUGGUCUCUCACAUGGAUGUGGUCUCUCACAUGGUUGUGGUCUCACAUGGUUGUGGUCUCUCACAUGGAUGUGGUCUCACAUGGUUGUGGUCUCUCAUGGUUGUGGUCUCUCACAUGGGUGUGGUCUCUCACAUGGGUGUGGUCUCUCACAUGGGUGUGGUCUCUCACAUGGGUGUGGUCUCUCACAUGGAUGUGGUCUCACAUGGAUGUGGUCUCUCACAUGGGUGUGGUCUCACAUGGGUGUGGUCUCACAUGGGUGUGGUCUCACAUGGUACCCCCAAGAGUCCUGGUACCCCCAAGAGUCCUAGUACCCCCAAGAGUCCUGGUACCCCCAAGAGUCCUGGUACCCCCAAGAGUCCUAGUACCCCCAAGAGUCCUGGUACCCCCAAGAGUCCUGGUACCCCCAAGAGUCCUAGUACCCCCAAGAGUCCUGGUACCCCCAAGAGUCCUAGUACCCCCAAGAGUCCUGGUACCCCCAAGAGUCCUGGUACCCCCAAGAGUCCUAGUACCCCCAAGAGUCCUGGUACCCCCAAGAGUCCUGGUACCCCCAAGAGUCCUAGUACCCCGGUUGAAACCACUUGCCACCAGACACAGACAACAUGCUGGGACCAUCCCAAGAUGGCCGACCUCUACCAGUCUCUGGCCGACCUGAACAACGUGCGUUUCUCAGCCUACCGGACAGCCAUGAAGCUGAGACGCCUGCAGAAAGCUCUGUGUCUGGACCUCCUGGGUAUGCCCGCAGCGUGUGAGGUCUUUGAGCAGCAUGGCCUGAAGCAGAAUGAGCAUCUGAUGGACAUCAUGCAGGUGAUGACGUGUCUGACCAGCCUCUAUGAGAAACUGGACCAGCAACAUGGGAACCUGGUCAACGUCCCGCUGUGUGUCGACAUGUGUCUCAACUGGCUGCUCAAUGUUUAUGACACGUACAGCUUCAGGAGAGAUCUGAGGGCCAAGGGCCCGGUGGUUAACGGGGCUCUGGACCAGGUUCAGAUCUUCCUGUCUGAGCUGCCUGCUGAGAGGGAGCCUCAGCCUGUCCAGAGAGACAUCAGUCCAGAGGAGCGUGCCCAGAACGUGGGGCGGGUCCUGCGAAAGGAAGCAGAGGAUGUGGCGUCUGGGUGGGAGGGGCUUAACGAGGAGGCCACUGAUUGGCAGAGGAGGCUGGAGCUGGCUCUGGAUAGGCUGUUGGAGCUUCAGAAGGCCCAGGACCAGCUGGAGCUGAGGCUGAGCCAGGCUGAGAUGGUGAAGGAGGCCUGGGAGCCUGUAGGAGACCUGCUCAUAGACUCACUACCUGAACACAUCGACAGGGUCAAGGCGUUCCAGGCAGAGAUAGCUCCUAUCAAAGACGAUGUGAGUCACGUCAACAACCUGGCCUCUACCUUCGGCCCUCCUGACCUCGUCCUCUCACGACCCAACCUGGACAGACUGGAUGACCUCAACACACGCUGGAGGAUGCUACAGAUCUCCAUCAAAGACCAUCUGAAGCAGCUGACAGAUGCUCAGAGGGACUUUGGCUCUCUGCAGGGUUCUGUUCAAGGUCCAUUUGAGCAGGCGGUCUCACCCAAUAACGUGCCCUACUACAUCAACCACCAGACACAGACAACAUGCUGGGACCAUCCCAAGAUGGCCGACCUCUACCAGUCUCUGGCCGACCUGAACAACGUGCGUUUCUCAGCCUACCGGACAGCCAUGAAGCUGAGACGCCUGCAGAAAGCUCUGUGUCUGGACCUCCUGGGUAUGCCCGCAGCGUGUGAGGUCUUUGAGCAGCAUGGCCUGAAGCAGAAUGAGCAUCUGAUGGACAUCAUGCAGGUGAUGACGUGUCUGACCAGCCUCUAUGAGAAACUGGACCAGCAACAUGGGAACCUGGUCAACGUCCCGCUGUGUGUCGACAUGUGUCUCAACUGGCUGCUCAAUGUUUAUGACACAGGAAGAAGUGGAAAAAUCAGAACUCUGUCCUUCAAAACCGGCAUCAUCUCACUCUGCAAAGCACACCUGGAGGACAAAUACAGAUGUAAGUAG